CUUCACAGUUCACAGAGGCAAAGUCAGUCUCGCGAAGAUGUGAUUUUCCACCGUGCGGCUGUUUAGAGCUUAGACCGGUAAAUUGAUGCGACAGUGGUGUGGAGAAAGGAGUGAGAAGUAAUAUCCGAAAAUAAAAAUAACCCGAGAAUAGAUCAGAGGCGUGGAGUAUAAAUAGGCCGGUGCGUAAUAGCGAUGUCUUCGUCGAAGGGAUCGCAGUCAGGGUCAGCAGACGGCGGCCAGCGCGAACUGAUUUUUGAGCUCCAGUGCAAACAGGCGGCUAAAUCUUCCGGGAAACGACAGGAUUCAAAGGCUAGGAUCGGCAUCUGUGACCCUCCUGACCCCGCUCUUGACCUCUGGCUCUUCAAAUCAUAUCUGUGUCAAAACUUAGGCGUCUCAGGAGACGUAGCUAUCAGCUACGUGGAUAGCGACGGCGACGAACUACCAAUCGAUUCGGAGUGUGAAUUUCGUGAAGCACUUAAGUUCGCCAGAUCUCAAACCAAGAAGUACAAGAAUGUUCUGUUAUUGAUUGACAAGAUAGAGAAGCAAGAAUCAUCGUCUGACAAGGGUCUUUCGAAACAGUCCUCCCUGACUAGUGCUUGCAACGGAUUGUUUGUUUUUGAAAAAAAAACAUUCCCAUUAACUACGAAGAACGAAAUGGCUCCGAUCCAUAUGACUGGGGUCGUCGGGAAUGGCGGAAAACUAGAAGACAACCCUAAGACUAAGUCUUGUUUCGCAUCUUCAUCAUCUGAAAACGCGCCACCAGCUUGGUUCAGAAGUUAUAUGGAUUCGAUGAAGCGUGAAAUCGUUGAAGAGGUCUCUACAAAAGUAACUUCGGAUAUAAUGGCGGUACUGGCUUCAGGUCCUUUAGAGACAUGUGUUUCGUACAUUCGUUCCAUGCGUCACAAUCGUCAUUUUCGAGACUUAAAUACUGAAGAAAAGCAACGUCGCAAGAAAAAAAAGCGACCCAUCGCCGAAGCAGAAUCAAGCGAUGCGUUUAGCCCACCUCAACAGCCGUACACUCGAAUGCUUCGAAAUCUAAAGAAAAUCGAAACUUUUGCACAUAAUGUUCAGAAGUCGAUUGUGAAGAAGCAAACGAAGUCGGACAAGAUGAAAAACUCUUGUCAGAAUACUACUCUGCUGGAUAAUAUCCUCGAUAAGCGUUCCAAAAGCGCUUUUGUACCUGUCGUCAUUUCAGCACCGCCACAGGAAGAACAGGCCAAGAAAUGCGAUCUAGGUUCGAACAUGUCUUCCUGCAGCGAGGGAAGGGCUCGAAUGAAUUGCUCCGUAACUGGACAAGAAAUGCUCGAGAAGCCAACGGGCAAAGGAACCUCGUUCCAGGGCGAGUCGGACAGUGACAACAUCAGCAUGUUGGACGACAGCGAUAACUCUGAUAAUCUUUCGGACGCUGAGCACGACUAUAACUUUGAAAUGAUACAGACACCGCCCUGCUUCAAUCUAGACAAACCAUUGAACAAGUGCCACACGCAAGAUUCAAAACUUCCCGAAACGUUUGACAACAGAGCUCGGCCAACGGUGGACAGACAGAACUUCAACGUCGUGUGCGAAGUAGAGAGCGAUCGUAACAACAAUCAGGAUUCUCCGAGCUUCGAGGUGCUCUCAGGCCCAGUGUCUUCCGCCUCCUCACUUCAUCUAGAUGAGGACCAUUUUCAUGUGAGCAGAAAUAUAUCGGAACAAACGUCGAACGCAGACCUCAUCGAUCUUGACCACGAGGAUCGGGAUGAGAAAAAAAGCGAUGUGCUUAUAGUCGACAUGGAGGGAAAGGUAGUUGGAAAAAGUACCGAUCAUGAAACAAACGAAUCGAGCGAAAUAUCUUUGGAUAAACGACCCGGAGGCGCUUACGCUUUCGUCAAUGAAACUUUACCAAGCCACGUCACCAAAGAUGCUUCGCAAAUGUCUAAGUCUGAUACAAAUUUGGGUGAAUUGAACGACGAGAGCUGUAACUUGAAUUUGAUCAUGAAGAGUUCUCAUCCGAGUUACGAAACGAAGAAAGAUAAAACAGCCCCUACCGUCACCCAAUCGCAAACAGACUUCACCUCAGGAAUGGCAAACGAGACAACGCACAGCUUCAGCUCUCAUAGUUCUCGCGCCACGGGCAGCAGCGUUUACAACUUUACGCAAGUUCAUACGCGAACGAGUCACACAGGUCCGAAGUACACGGUCGUUGAUAACAACGCUUCGAAAGGUCUCGAAGAGACCAAGUAUACUUCCUGCGAAAAUAAUCUCGGCGCAAGGGGCUGCCAAUCGAAACGAACGAACGAUACGAGCGGAAAAUAUAUAAGGGAAUUUACCAGCGAAGGUUCAGCCUGCGUUUUCACCGAACAACCGCAGAAGUCAAGCGUCGAAAACGGAACCCGUGAGUCGUCUCCAGAUUUUGGUCGUGCGACUAACGACUCUGUACAUAUUUUGCCUGAGACAUUGGUAUCUGGCGCAGUAACCGUCGCAUCAAGUGCUUACUCAACCGCACGCCGAGUUUUUGAUCGGAUUCGCAAUAUGCAGACGGGAGAUGUUCAUGAAAAUGUGGAGGACGACAUUCAUGAUCCGGCCAUGGUCGAAAGAUACUUCGAAGUUCUUCAAGAAAUGGGAUUCACCAACGUUGAAUUGAACGCCCGACUUCUCAACGAAUACAAAUUCGAUAUGUCAAGAGUGAUAAGUGAGUUGUUACAAUAAAAUGGUAAAAAAAUAUGAAUUAUCAAACUAGUAGGUGAUAUUUAAUAAAUAUAAUGUAUUAACGA